AUGCGCGCCCUGCGCGUCAGCGGCCCCGCCCCCGGCCCCCGCGGCGCCGGCGCCGGCGCAGGGGGCCGCGCGGGGCCCGGCGUCCCUGUUGGCCGGCGGCGGAGCGCCGCCGCCGGGUUUGGCGCGGGCGGCGGCGGCCUUGCGCUGGACGGGUUUGACUUUGACUAUGACCCGUUUGAUGAUAUGGACCCCUUUGAUGCACUCGGCUUUGACCCUUUGGGAUCAGACCCGGACGACCCCUUUGGUCCCGAUGACUUUGACCCGGAGUUUGACCCAGGGUUUGACUUUGACCGCGCUGCCGCGGCGCCCAUUGCGGACGCGCCCACGCCGCCGCUGGCAUGGGACGGCGGGGGGGCGUGGCUCAACGGCGCUGACGGCGCCGGCGGUUACCUGGAUGACUACAGUGAUGACGGGGCGGGCGGGUACGGUUACGAAGACUACGGUGAUGCUGGCGGCGGCGAUGGGAUCGGGGCAGGAGCGUGGCUGCAGCCGGUGGAGCCGGGGGUGGCCCCGGUGGCGGGGGCGCCGAUGGUGCGGCUGCAGCCAGAGCCGCCGAGCUAG